GUCUUGUUGGUGUUUUGGUUGAUAUGCGGUGCUCAUAAUCUUAGCCGAAUUAGUGUUCUAAUAUCUCAUAUUGAAUGGAGACUCAAUCGUCAGCCGGGACUCUGCAGUCCCCCUCCACAUAUUCAGAAAGUGGGUCUAAGACUGGGAGCAGCAGGUCUGCGGCCAGUGCUGGAACUGAUAAGGACAGAGAUUUGACGAAGGAUAAUGCCGCGUCCCCCAUAGACCUAGAAUGCCACAUCCAGGCUGAGCGAAUCACAAAGAUCCUGGACGAGGCGGUGUACAAAACAAAAUUAGCGAUAUGUUUACCAGCACUAGUGGAGGAAUACAAGACGCUGGACUCCAUACUCUCCGCCAAUAGCAUGGAAGACUUGACAUUCAUCUUCGAACAAUAUGACAAUCCGCUUUUCUCAACCAGCUUGUUGAAUAUGGCUGCUAUGGAAGAUAUUCAAGCUGGUGAUACUUCACUGAAGAAUCGACUCAACCCAGAACUGGGUCAUUUGAUGUACAUCUUGAACAGCUACCCUGAACUGAAACCGAAAGUGGAAGACAUAGUUCGAGAGAUGAAAAUACAGUAUGAAAAAACUGGGGAGAUACCUACGGACGGCUUUGGUUAUCUCCUGACAUUGGAACAGUUCAGGGAGCUGAUGAUAAUCCAGAUGAGUACCACAGCUGCUGAUGAGCUUGCUGCUAAAAUCAGCACCAGGAAACUUGAGGGCUCCAAUGAAAGACUCAUUGGACAUAUUAAUGAAUACACGGCAACAAUAAAAGAAGAGAAUCAGCGCUUUGAGCAGACCAUGGUCGUCAAGGCAGAGAUCAUCCAGCGACUGGAGCAAGAACUGGCAUUCUUGCAUCACGAGGCCACUAUAAAGUUGCAGAAAAAAAUUCUAGAUUCAGAUCGCCAGAUGGUGCUAGCGACACGCGCCCACACAGUCAAGGCAGAGAUGCUGAAAGAGGAAGAGGUGGAAUCUCGGGAGGCAUACGAGUCCUUGCUGAGAAGUCAUUUGAUCGAAGAGAAGAACCAAAGGGCGAGAAGGUUCAAAGUGGAAACCCAGCUGCUCUCAUGGCUUCAGAAAUAUGAUUUAGAGAUGGGAGAUAAGCAAGUGGAGCUGGACGAGUUCACGGAGAAGUAUGAAGAAGAAGUCCGCAAAUGUGAAGAAUUGGAGGAAAAACUAGCUGAGCAGAAUAAGGAAUACGAGCCGCUGAUGGCAGAAAGAGAGGCGGAAUAUCACCAAGAGAUGACGGAGAAGAUGAACAAGUUCCUUAUUGAGCACGCGGCCAGGGUCAUACAGUCCGCAUGGCGGGAGGUGCUUGCGAACCGCGCAGAGAAGAAACGGCUGAAGAAACUACAAAAGAAAAUGCAAGCGGCCGCAGCGGCCGCCGCCGCAGCAGAGAAAAAAGGAGGGAAGAAAUAAGAUCUGUAAUUUUAUUGGACGUAUUUUUUGUGUAUCUAACUAGAUUUAAUGUUU